UACCUGGUAUGAGUAUGGUAUCUGCUUCGCCCCUUUUAGGCAACCGUUUGCUUCGUUCGUGAAACUGAAAGAGACUCAAAAGAUCUGCCUCGUAAAACUUAGUUCGGAAUGAAAUAUAUGGACUUAUUGAACUGACUGAAAGUACCAGAAAGUUACCACACCCUUUCAAUAAAAGGUCGAUGGAAAAGCCAGGACAGGCCCAAAUCCCCACUUUACACGUUUCUAAAAACGAUUGAAGCCUUGGAAUGCUGACUAUGCUCAAUGAAGCGGCUACUCAAAAGCAUGACCAGUAAUCCCAAUUUGCAUAAUUCGCCCGGCCUGAAUUUGUUCAAACAGCGAGUCCGAACCGAGCAGAAUGUUCGAAACCUUUUCGAAUCCUCUUCGUUCGUAAUACCCAAUCGCAUCAAACAUAAAUCGUUGAUUGCUGAUGAGCUCAAAGAUUCAAGCACGCAAACCAGUAGGACUGUGGUAGCGCUAGAUAUAGCGGAAAGUCCUAGAAUGUCUCCGGAUAGUUUAAGUCCAAAAACGCCUAAAAUUGCAAGCACAGGGAUGCAGUUCAACAGAAAAAAUUACGUUUUAAGGUACCUUCAUAAACCUGAUCAGAAAGAGACUAGACUUUCCGAUAACUCUCUGACGAAAGUAUUUCUAGAAAAAGCGCGUCGAAAGAGCCAAGAAUCAAGUUCUCCUAGAAUAACCAGAUCAAACUUUCUACAACAGACCUCUCCUUUAAGACACAUUAUUCCGACAGUACACGUACCAAAUUUUAAGAGUCACUCCUAUGCAGCUUUUCCAGAAGGUCCACGUCAAACCACCGAAGCGCCUAAUCCCCGAUUUAAAGUGAAAAGCAUCAAAGAAAAGCUUCCAGCUUCCAAUAGUGUUGAACCUGGCAAAUUCUUAGGCGACAAAGAAUUGACUCUAAACUUAAACAGUCCAAAACAUUCACCAAAAAGUGUGAAAAACUAUUCAUUCAUGUCUCCGACGUUUUCAAGUGAACAGAAAAACAAAAUGAGGGACAUUAAAAAUGUUGCCCAGUUAAUAGCCCCAACAAGACGAGGACGGAGCGCUAGUCCAAAAGCCAAUGUUGAACGAACGCCUUCGGUACCGAAAAAAGUGCCGUACAUUGAUAAGAGUUCUUCUUCGAUUUUUCACAGUACUGGAGAUACCAGCUUUAACUUGAACCUAAAGUCUCCUAAAUUAGCCGUAUCAAGCUCAACUAUUCUGGAAACAUGUGCUGAUGGAAAUCCUGAGCACGAGCUAGUUCAAGCUAUGGGCAAAAUGAGAGAUACUGAUUGGAAUACGUCAUUAAGAGGUCUGGUGGAAAUAAUAGAGCUCUGUCGCACUAUGGACACGAAUAUUAUCUAUCCCCACAUGACGGUGAUCAAUCAACGAAUCAUAGAUAUGUUGAAAAGCUCCAGGUCGCAUGUAUGUCGUACCACGUGCAAAGCCAUUGGCCAUUUGUUCGAGUAUAUAAAAGACACUAGACGACCAGAAUUCGAUGAAAUUGUGGAUACGCUUCUGUGUAGAACAGCAGAUUCUAACAAAUUUAUAAGGCAUGAUGCAAAUUUGGCAUUAGAUUGCAUGGUAACGCACAUUCCCAUACUGCAUGCUGUGCGAGCUCUCUGUGCAAAGGGUCCAGACCAUAAAAAUGCCCUUGUUCGAAUUUCCACUGCACGACUGGUCGUCUGUGCAGUUGUAAUAGCUGGAUCUACCUACGUUUUGCACCCAAAUAACAGUGAUUACACCAGGCGAAGAAUUGUGCUUAAUAUGGUGAAAUUUUUAAACGAUAAAACACUAGAAACAAGAAAAUACGGAGAACGCCUUCAUAGGCUACUUUGCAAUGAUAGAAUGUUUGAAAUAUACAUUCGAAGGUACCUGGAAAAAGACACCAUACAAAAGUUAAAAGCGUCGGUUAAAAACCCGCAGAAAAAUGGAAUACGCUAGAGAAAUUUCCGAUUAAAAUUUCAUAAUGUUAAGUGAAAAGUAUUGAUCAAGAUUGCACCAAGACCUUUGUAUUGACAGGAACAACCCACAGAUGAUAAUACUGAAGUAAAUAAAUUACCAUACUCGA